GCUCGUCAAGCUGAUCCCCGCCACUAUCAAGACUGCCACGGGUGUUGGUAUCGGCUUCUUCCUCACUGAAAUUGGACUCUCGUACUCUGCUGGAAUCGGCGCAAUCACUGGUGGAGAUGCCACUCCCCUUGCUCUCGGGGGCUGUCCUAAUGAGAUGCGGGACGAAAAGGGGAUAUGCCAAGAAGGAGUAAUGACGAGCCCCAAGCUCUGGAUCGCAGUUUUCUGCGGCGGUAUUGUCACUUCCUUUCUGAUGGCGUUCCGUGUCAAGUAUGCCCUCAUUAUUGGCAUCACCAUUGUCUCUAUCACGUCUUGGCCCCGCGGCACUUCCUUUACCUUCUUCCCUGAUGACGCAGAUGGAGAUCACCGAUAUGAGUUCUUCAAGCAAGUCGUUGCUUGGCAUCCCAUCGAGAAAACCCUCAACGCACUUGACUGGAAUUUUGGUGGCUCAGCCUCUCAUUUCGCCCUCGCUUUGUUCACAUUUCUCUAUGUCGACAUCAUCGAUGCGACUGCCACUCUCUACUCCAUGGUUCGUUUCUGCGGUGUCGUCAACCCUCGCGAUGGCGACUUUCCCCGUUCUACUAUUGCAUACUGCACUGAUGCUGCCUUCAUCUCCGUUGGCGCUUUGUUAGGAAGCUCUCCCGUUACCGCUUUCAUCGAGAGCGGUGCAGGUAUUGCCGAAGGUGGAAGGACUGGCUUGACUGCCAUGGUCGGCUGCAUGAUGAUUCGACAAAUCACCCAGAUCAACUGGCGUUACAUUGGCGAUGUUCUUCCUUCAUUUGUGGUCAUGACCUUUAUUCCUUUCAGCUACAGUGUAGCUUACGGUCUCAUCGCCGGUGUUUUCGUUUAUGCCGUUCUCAAUGGCCUUGUUGGCAUUGUCGUCUUUGUGUCUCGCGGCUACUUCGAGCCCAGCGAGUACGACCUCAAAGAGUACUGGACCUGGAAAGGCUCUGGUCGUGCGCCUUGGUUCGUCCGCGCCAUCCGACGCCGCGGAAGCCCUGACGAAGACGACCAACCCUCCGGAUCCGAGCAUGCGAUGACAGACCUCAACUACGCCGAGCGCCGCGAUCACAGCAGCUCCACCGCGGCUGCGUCCGCGGCGUCUGCGGCAUCUGCUGCCAAAGACGAGCCCCCUAUGUCCCCUCCUCCCGGUGGAUGGGCACGCUGA